UGGCCUGAUUGAAACUUUCCCGCAUCAUAUUUUUCAACCACAAGGAAGAAUGAAAAGCACCUACAACAACAAAAGCACACACCACUGUACAUAUAAAUUAUAUCCAGCACCCAAUUUUCAUGAUCAACCCCACCAAUAAACAAACCUCUCUCUCUCUCUCUCUCUCUCUCUCUCUCUCUCUCAAUGGGACACACAACAAAGCUGAGAGAUAUCAUAGGCCUAAUCAAAGAUAAGGCUUCCCAAAGCAAAGCAACCCUACUCUCAAAGCCCAGCAACCUCUCUCUCCAACUAGCUCUCCUACGCGCCACCAACCACGACCCUUUCAACCCUCCUAAUGAUAAAAACAUCGCCACCAUCCUCUCCUAUGGUCACAGCUCACGCGCCACCGCUUCCAACGCAAUAGAAGCCAUCAUGGACCGGUUACAGAGCACCGGUAACUCCUCCGUGGCUCUCAAGUGCCUCAUCACCGUCCAUCACAUCGUCAAAUACGGUAGCUUCAUCCUCCAAGAUCAGCUCUCUGUAUACCCUUCUAAUGGUGGAAGAAACUACCUCAAACUCUCCAACUUUCGAGACAAUUCCAGUCCCAUAUCUUGGGAGCUCUCUUCAUGGGUCAGAUGGUACGCAAAAUAUGUAGAAACUCUCUUGUUUGUUUCUAGGGUUUUGGGUUUCUUUCUUGCUUCUUCUUCAAACACUAUGGAGAAAGAUAAUCAGGAAGAAAAAAUUUCAUCGUUUAUGAAUAAGGAUUUGCUUAAAGAGAUUAUUGCUUUGGUGGGUUUGAUGGAAGAGAUUUGUAAAAGACCAGAUUAUUUAGAUGUAGAAGGUAAGAAUGAAUUGGUGGAUAAGGUUAUGGGUUUUGUUGGUGAGGAUUAUCUGUCAGCAGUAAACGAGGUUUCGGUACGAGUCAGCGAGUUUAAAGAGAGGCUGAGUGAUCUGAGUUUUGGUGACUCGGUCGAGUUGGUUUGCUCUCUGAAAAGGUUAGAGGAUUGUAAAGAGAGACUGUCGGUGUUGUCAACUGGAAAAAAGUCUCUGAUGGAGAGCUUUUGGGGUUUGAUAAGCGAGGUUAAGGAUCGAGUUGGGCCAGACAUGGUGUACAAAGAUGAGGGAAAGCUGGUCAAUUGGGUGAGAAGAGAGAAGGUGAGCGAGUCAGCUCGGUUUGGUGAACGUGUUCUGAUUUCAGGGGACUCGGUCGGGUUUCCUUCAAGAAGGUCCAGACAGGGUUCAUUUUCUUAUUCUAGAGAGUUGAUGGAAUCGUAUCCAUGAUAUAAGCAUGACUAAUAUAAAAUUAAUGUCGUGUUUUGGUUUUUUGACUUUUGGGCUUGCUUUUUUAGCAUGAUUGUUUGUUUUGUUUUUCGUCGAUAUGAAAUUCUUGUUCAUAUUUCAUACAAAUUGAUUUGUGUGGAAAUACUCAGAUCACACUUGGUAGAAUGAAAAAUACGAAAUAGAAACGUUGCUCA